AUGGACAGCUUGGCGCUAGGCCCAUGGAGACGUCGGAGGAUCGAGGAGCUUGUAGUAGCAGGGGACGCGAAACGGGCGUGCAGGAGGUCAGAAGCUGGUGGGCAUGAGUACAGCAGCCACAUGGUAAGCCCCUGUGCCCUGCUGUCCUGGAGCACAGAGGACCAGGAGCCACGGCCACCAGGCCUUCCUGCACCACGACUGGAGUGUAGCCAGGAGAGGCUGAGCUCAGUGAUUCUGCAGAACAGUGGAAGGAGUUCAGCCCAGCCUUGCCUGAGAUGUAUUGCCGGGGAAUCUGGCAAUUUCAGCCAUACCGGGAAUCAUUAG